UAGCUCAGUGUGUUCCGUCCAUUCGUCGUGUUUAAAUGUGAACUUAGAUUCCUUUGUGAUUGCUGUGAUUGAUAUCAACAAAUACUCUGAUUUAAAAACAAGAAUGGCAGUGGCAAAUAAUGUUGGAAAAAGCAUAAUUGUUGCAGGCGGUUUGGGUAAUGACUCUGUAGAGAUGUUUGAUAUGCGCCAAAGAACAUGGUUAUCAUUACCUGCUAUGCCACAACCACGUGGAGGUGGAACUUCCUUUGUCUACGACAAUUAUCUAUCAAUAGCUGGGGGUUACUGUCGUAAUUUUGGCAAGGUUGAUAAUGUGAUACAAAUGAAUGUUGACCAAAGUCCUGAUAUUGCAACACACUGGAGUAAUUCUCCUAUUAGACUGCCUACUCAGUUAGCAUAUCACAGCAGUGUGCUUUAUAAUGAUAGUCUAAUAGUCACUGGCGGUUAUGAUCAUCAAAAUUCAACAUCCAGUAGUAUCCACCAAGUCCAGCUUGCACCUCCCUAUACUGUGACAGCCUUAUCUAGAAUGCCGGAAGAAAGGCGAUUCCAUUGCAUGGAAAUAUUUGAUGAUAAUCUCUUUAUUGUUGGUGGGUUCACGCCUCGUUUUAAUCGAACUAGCCUCGCCUCUAUCUUACACUACGAUAUAAAAAAGAACGAAUGCAAAAGGUUGUCGGCUGGAUUGCCGUAUAUGGUGAGUGAUAUGGCAUCAGUGAGAUGGGGGGACAAUAUUAUUGUGGUAGGUGGCUUUGACACUUACAGACGCAAUUCUUGCAUGGAUUCAGUAGGCUUGUAUAAUGUCAAGAUAGAACAAAGGAGUAUUCUACCAGCAAUGAAAUAUAAAAGACGUGCGUGUGCCGCUGUUGUUAUUGAAAACUACAUUAUAGUACUGGGAGGGGUGGAUGAGGAAGGACAUUACCUUAAGUCGGUUGAAGCCUUUAACUUGGAACGUAACACGUGGGAAGAACUUCCAGAUAUGUCUAAAGGAAGAAUCAAACACGUCGCUGUUGUCGUGUGAACAAUGUAAAAAAGGCCGAAACAGUUCUGAAAUAUUUCAUAAUUGUAGUUAAUUCCUUUUUACUUUACGCGAUGUAAAGAGUAACAAUAUAUAUUAUGUAACAAGU